ACAACGGCAUAACGGCCCGGAUAAUUAUAAUGGACGUCGGAUGAGUGUCAGGAUGUUAGCAGACGACCGCGGACUUGAUCAAAUGACAGCGCACAACAUCAUCUCCAAAGAAUUGUCGAUGAGGAAGGUCUGCACCAAGCUGAUCCCGAAGAUUUUGUCAGACGUUCAAAACCAAGCACGUGUGGACGCCUGCCAAUCUCCAGAGCGCUGAAGCUGAUCCGAAAUUUUUAGAUAAAAUGGUCACUGGAGACGAAACCUGGGUGUUUCGGUACGAUCCGGAGACAAAGCGCACGAGUGCCGAAUGGCACACCGCAGCAUCCUCACGUCCAAAACAGGCUCGCAUGAGCAAAUCGAAGGUGAAUGCCAUGCUGAUUGUGUUUUUCGACGUCAGGGGAGUGGUUCUUCAUGAGUUUGUGCCCCAAGGCCAAACUGUCACCAGUGCUUUUUAUUGCGAAGUGCUCAAGAGACUGAAAGCCUGGAUCCAUCGCGUGAAGCCAGCCGAUGAUUGGAAGCUGCAUCAUGACAACGUGCCGAGUCACACCUGCUUCAUGGUGGCUACCUGGUCAAUGAAUUCCAACGAUUGCCCACCCCCUACAGUCCCGAUGUGGCCCCGCCAGACUUUGUUUUGUUCCUCAAACUAAAAACUUCUCUGAAAGGACACCGUCAUGGGACGCUGGAGGAGGUCCAAUCUGUGACGACGAGGGCUUUGAAGGUCUUCCCAGACUCAGCGCUCGCGCCAGCGGCCAGCGCUUGGAGCAUGGAAAACCCGCAUCCAGCUUGUUGUCGACUCUCAAGGUUCAUGCAUUGAAGACGACUAAGUGGUUGUAGUGAUAUCUACAAUACAUUUUGAUUCAUAAACUCAGUCUCAUUACUUUUUACACAAACCCUGUAUGACUGAUGCAUUGCGUACUACGCGGCGCAAAAUUCAGGUUCCUAGGAAAAUCUGGCUUUAUUGUAUACACAUAAAACAGCGUUUCCCCCCAAUGAAACAAUAUUUUUGGCAAUAUACUAUUUAUUCACCUUGUGGAAACAAAAUACGUUAUUUGUCUCUUAAAAUUAUUUGUCUCUUAAAACUCUAUGAACCCUAGCCUCGCUUCAUAUAUAACCGGAAAGGCUGAAAAAAAAGGUAAGUGAAACCACUCAAACCCGGAGAAUGAGCGACAAACAUUCACGUAGCUGAGGUGGCCGCAGUGGAUAGUUUCAUUCGUUUGACGCCGGGCCUACGAGUUGCCGCGGUCACGCAAGCUUACGGCGGUUUGACGUCAAAAUGACGUGUAAUGAGCACACUCUGAGUGCACCUAGAUGUGCACGCGCGGUGAAUCAGCAGGCAAACUACCAACCUUCUGUGAUAUCACAUGGGAUAAUCUCGUGAAAAAAAGUUGUUAAUCUCACUCUUAUACUAGUCCGCAAUCACAAAGUUAAUAAAUAAUCAAUGAGAAGAGUGGCCUACUCAUUGCUACCAACAUACGAAUGUCAGUUGUGUUAAUGUUGGCAAGCUUCGCCAGUACUUUUCUUAGUUACGUAAAGAUAAUUACCGAGAUACCCAGAUGCAGCAGUGCAACUGUAUCGUACUCAAAGUAGCGACGUUUGGCGUUACGUCGAAGUUGGUGAAUUCUGUGUAGAUAUCUGAAUUUUUAAAGCAGUUGUCGCAAGUGAGUAAUGUUGAGGCGUGAACUGUAGAAGUGUAGCGACCAUUGCACAGUGCACCGCAUACUGCACCGAGUAGUGGCGUAUCUACUGAAAUUCCUGUGCCGGUUCCUAAAUUUAUCAAUUUUUUGAAGCAAUGUUGUUCAUUUGCGGUAUCUGAGGAAAUGCUGUGGAUCAAGGCAUCAGCUUCAGACUGAUAUCAAAUCCGUACUCCUGACACGCACCACGCGUAAACUCUUGCAAUUGGCGGUCUCACACUGCAAACAAUACCGGAAUGGGUGCAGUGUUGUCUUGGUUCACUAGUGACUCCAGCAAUGGAGAACCCAUCAGACCCUAUAAACCACAAACAUAUAUUGAAGCAAAGAAGAGAUAUGAACCAUCUGUACCCAGUAAUUACAAUGUGAGAGUGUUACCUUCCAGUUCACAAAAAUAUAACAGUUUUUCCUACUAUGCAAGUACUUUACCAAACCAUUCUACAUUGUCGAAUUCGCAGUAUGUUGGUAGUGGACAUUACCAAAGAUAUUCUCUAGUGAAAACUGCAGACUCUACUCUGCACAAGUCUGUCUUACAAUUAACUGUUGAAUGGGAUCCCAUGGAUGCCAACUCAGAGUUUCAGCUAUAUUUGUUGCCCUUCGGUACUUGGGAAUAUGAAGAAAUAUUUAGGUUAUUCAAGCGUACCACACAGAGACAGUUCAUGGUUCAUAAAAUUUACAGGGUUCAAAAUCCGUACUUGUUGGGUUGCUAUUUACUCAAGAAAGAAGAAAUGAAAUCAAGAUACCGUUAUGUUACUGAAAAGUAUUUAUUUCAUGGUACCAAGGAGGUAAACAAGGACAGUAUUUGCAAAAAUAACUUUGACUGGAGGAAACAUGGACAUUCGGUAGGCAACAUUUUUGGGAAAGGUGUUUCAUUUACACCUAUUUCUUGUUACGCCAGUCAUUAUUCAGACAAGUGCAACGCUCAAAGAAUGAUGUUUGUGUCUAAAGUUAUAAUUGCAAAGGAAAUUGUAGGUAACAAGGAUAUGGUACUACCACCUGUAUUUGAUUACGGACGGUGUCUUAGGUACGACACUGCUACUAAACACAAUGGUCAGGUUAUCGUCAAAUUCUCAGAUUGUGAGUUUUAUCCUUCGUAUGUUGUAUAUUACACAGGACAGUACGUAAGAAGGGAUAAAGGAAAUGGAUUUUGGCCAUUAUAAAAUGAACUUACUUUUUUUUACAAUUUUUGUAAGAAAAUGAGACAAGUAUGUAAUUUAUCAUGUAUACGAUGUUCCAUAAGAACUGCGGUUGUUUUACAGACUUUGUCGGCAUGAAGCUCUUGAAAUAUACUUUAAGUAAAAGUGCCUCAUUCAAAAAAAUAAAUCAUGUUUGUUAUAUUGAA